CUCUCCGCCCGCGUUAGAAAUGGCUCGCACGAAGCAGACGGCGCGCAAGUCGACCGGCGGCAAGGCCCCGCGCAAGCAGCUGGCCACCAAGGCGGCCCGCAAGAGCGCGCCGGCCACGGGCGGCGUGAAGAAGCCGCACCGCUACCGGCCCGGCACGGUGGCCCUGCGCGAGAUCCGGCGCUACCAGAAGUCCACCGAGCUGCUGAUCCGCAAGCUGCCGUUCCAGCGGCUGGUGCGCGAGAUCGCGCAGGACUUCAAGACCGACCUGCGCUUCCAGAGCUCGGCCGUCAUGGCGCUGCAGGAGGCGUGCGAGGCCUACCUGGUGGGGCUCUUCGAGGACACCAACCUCUGCGCCAUCCACGCCAAGCGCGUCACCAUCAUGCCCAAGGACAUCCAGCUGGCGCGCCGCAUCCGCGGCGAGAGGGCUUAAGUCUCUGCAAGGGGGGCGCCAACUUUAAACCCAAAGGCUCUUUUCAGAGCCAACCAACUAGCUCAACAAAAGUAGCUGUUAUCGUGUGGCCGCUAACUGACCCUGACAUGCCAAACCGGAACCCUCCCUAACUUGGUCAUCCGGAAUGAUCCGGUUCGACGACGGCACAGGCAAAAUAGUACGUUUACCCAGUGUAGUCUUAUAACCCUUAUACGCCUUAAGUUAAUGAUAAGAUAGCCUAAAUUUUCUCCCGUCGAGGUAAUCCAAAUGUCUAUAUUAUGACUACAUACACCUUGUUAAUCAGUUGAUAAAGCAUAAUUUAUCAAGUCC